AUGGAUGCAAAGCCCCAACGCCCAAUGCGGGCCUUGCGUAUCCGCGAUGAAAACGCGCCGGUGCAGCUUCCUGCCGGCAAGUCCAUCCACCACCGAAACAAGUCGACGCCGGCGCUGCCAACACUCAUGCAUGUGGGAGGGAUCAAGGCGGCUGCGAGCAAGCGCGCUGUUCUUGGGGACGCGACCAACACGAGCAAGCCUCAUGUUCAGGACGACAUGCAGGUACCCGCCGGCAAGGAAAACAUCAUCCUCAAGGACCCAGCCAUUGUCUCGGCGAAGGAGCUGCUAAAGCCCACCGCGCUGCUGCGACCUGCUCAGCGCCCUCUCGCGAACACUUCGUCCAACGCGAACGGGGCCAAUGGGUCAGAGCUGGUAGCCUCAGCUGUGCCAAAGCACGUCACCUUGGACGCGGUCCACAACACGACCAACAUCCGCAAGGCGCUCUCGAAGAAGGCCACAACCGUGUUCAGGGAGACCCACUCAGAUCCCGUCCCCGAAACCACGACCGCGCCAGCUCCAACACGUCAACUGCUACAUCCGGCGGCUGAGGCAACGCGCAAUGAGGAUCGGACACAAGCUGCAACGGAACGCGCAGGCAAAGCACUUGCUAGCGAAACUGCCUCAUCGCUGCUCCCAAGUGUGAAGCCUACCCAUCCUAAGCCUUACGGGAUGAUUUCUGCGGAGGCCAAGGAGAGCGUUCACGAGGAGAAAGUGACCAAUGUCGACGUUCAGACCAAAUACUCCAGCACCCAUGUUGAAGUCCGAGAGACGCACGAUCAUCUGGAAGCUCUGGAAGAGAAGGCACGCGCUCUCGAGCAAGAACGCAACGAAGAGCUCGCCGAGUAUUGGGAUGAGGACGACGAAGAGGAAUAUUACGAUGCCGAUGGCUAUACCACGGCCCGAUCCCUGCGGUCUCGCGGCGAUAACACUACCGGCGGCGUCACGCUCGUGCUUGCUCCUAGAGUUACCGCGAAAUCUAAACGCGAACUCGAGGCCGCUAAACAAUACGUCGAAGCCAACCGGACUGUCGAAGACGCCGAAGACGAGCAAUGGGACACGUCCAUGGUCGCGGAAUAUGGAGAAGAGAUAUUUGAGUACAUGCACGAGCUCGAGGAGCGGUUGACGCCCAAUGCUGACUAUAUGGAUCACCAAUCGGAGAUUCAAUGGUCUAUGCGAUCAGUCCUUAUCGACUGGCUCGUCCAGGUCCACAACCGCUUCACGUUGCUGCCGGAAACCUUGUUCCUGAGUGUCAAUUACGUCGACCGCUUCCUCUCCUGCAAGGUCGUGUCCCUUGGCAAGCUGCAGCUCGUUGGGGCCACGGCCCUCUUCCUCGCAGCCAAGUACGAGGAGAUCAAUUGCCCGGCUGUCGCGGAGAUCGUAUACAUGGUCGAUGGCGCCUAUACCCAAGACGAGGUGCUCAAAGCCGAGCGUUUCAUGCUGAACAUGUUGAAGUUUGAGUUGGGUUGGCCAGGACCAAUGAGCUUCCUCCGAAGGAUCAGCAAAGCAGACGAUUAUGAUCUGGAGACCCGGACGCUCGCUAAGUACUUCCUCGAGAUUACGAUCAUGGAUGAGCGCUUCGUCGGAUGUGCUCCCAGCUUCCUUGCCGCGGGAGCUCACUGCCUUGCCCGCUUCAUGUUGAAGAAGGGUGACUGGUCGCAGAGCCAUGUGCAUUAUUCCGGAUAUACCUUACAACAGCUCCGCCAGUUGGUAUCCGUAAUCCUUGAAUGCUGCGACAACCCACAGAAGCAUCACGGCGCGGUCUACGACAAGUACACCGACAAGCGGUACAAGAAGGCAUCCCUCUUCGUUGAGGCGGAAGUCAUCAAGGGCUUCCAGCUCCCUUUCGUGUCUAGGGACAGCCUUGCUGGUCAUAGCCAGACCUGGAGACGAAAGUGA